ACUCUGUAAGUACUACUAAGAGCGAAUGAGAGAGAGAGAGAGUAGUCCAGUCUUAAAGAGCCCGAUUUUGUAGAGUGCCUGCAUUUGGAAUGCAUAUAAGCUUGAUGUGCUGCAAAUGUGCUCGGCUCUACGUUCCUUUGAACUUCAUCCUUCUGACGUUCAUGUCGGUCCUGUACGGAAUUGGAUUCGGAUCGAUGUCUGCUCGCAUGUCCACAUAUAUAGUCUUCGCAGCAUUGGGACUGACCGUGGCCAUAGUGGCCGUCCUCACCAUAGUCGCCGCUCUCCCAUGCUUCGAUAUGACCGGUUGGGGUAUUUACCUGUGCUUCGCUGGCAUCGGAUUAGUCACCUUUGGCUCCGUCGCUCUCAUCCUGGGCAUGGUGUUUCGAUUGAGGAUAAUGUUCUUGGUCUACAGCAUCCUCAUCACCGUGAUAUACUCUCUGUACUUGAUAUACGACACGCAGCUCAUCUUGGGUGGAAGGAAGUAUGAGAUAUCGUCGGAGGAGUACAUAGUGGGCACAGUAUGCCUCUACACAGACUUCAUAUACAUCUUCCUAGCCUUGAUGAAUAUCAUUAAUUGUAUGCAGUAAUAACUAAGAUACAGUAGUGGCACAAAUUUAUUUAUUAUUUCAA